AUGUCAUCAGCCGCGAUGGUCAAAGCCGAGGACUCCCUCGAACCAACCCUCCAAAACCUCCUUGACCAAAAAACACUCCGCUGGGUCUUCGUUGGAGGCAAAGGCGGUGUUGGCAAGACAACUACCUCAUGCUCCCUAGCGAUCCAGCUCGCCAAAGUCCGCAAGUCCGUCCUGCUUAUAUCCACCGACCCCGCGCAUAACCUCAGCGAUGCCUUUGGGCAAAAGUUUGGAAAGGAAGCGAGACUUAUCGACGGAUUUACUAAUUUGAGUGCUAUGGAAAUCGACCCUAACGGCAGCAUACAAGAUCUUCUGGCUGCGGGUGGUGGCCAGGGGGAUGAUUCUAUGGGCGGACUGGGGAUUGGGGGGAUGAUGCAAGAUUUGGCAUUUAGUAUCCCCGGUGUCGAUGAAGCCAUGUCCUUCGCCGAAGUCCUAAAACAGGUCAAAUCUCUAUCCUACGAGGUUAUCAUAUUCGACACCGCGCCAACAGGCCAUACGCUCCGCUUCCUCCAAUUCCCCACCGUCCUCGAAAAAGCCCUCGCCAAACUGGCGCAAUUAUCAACCCAGUUCGGCCCGAUGCUAAACUCCAUCCUAGGCGGCCGAGGCGGUCUGCCCGGCGGCCAAAAUUUGGACGAGAUCCUCUCCAAAAUGGAAUCACUGCGAGAAACCAUUGCAGAAGUAAAUGCGCAGUUCAAAGAUGCUGACCUGACCACUUUUGUCUGCGUGUGCAUCGCGGAGUUUCUCUCACUGUAUGAGACGGAGCGAAUGAUCCAGGAGCUGACGAGUUAUCACAUCGAUACUCAUUGUAUUGUUGUUAAUCAGUUGCUUUUCCCGGGGAAGGAUAGUUCGUGCGAGCAAUGUAAGGCGCGGAGGAAGAUGCAGAAGAAGUAUUUGAAUGAGAUUGAAGAGUUGUAUGAGGAUUUUAAUGUGGUGCGGAUGCCGAUGUUGGUGGAGGAGGUUAGGGGGAAGGAGAAGCUUGAGAAGUUUAGCGAUAUGCUUAUACACCCAUACGUCCCGCCUCAAGAGUGA